AUGCCCUCCGUUCUCAACAUCGCGAACAUGUGUUCGCACCUCCAAAACGCCUCCAAGGCCCGCCUCGGCAUCACAUCCGUCAAGAACAGCAAGUACAACCUGCAGCUCGCCCUGGCCCUGCACCGCUCCGGCUUCUUCUCGGCCGUCUACCGCGCGGGGCCCAACCCGCCCACUCUCGAGCAGAUGGUCUCGCAGGACCCCGUGCCCGUCACCAACGCAAACGUCGCCACCAUGCGCCUGUGGCUCGGCCUCAAGUACUGGGACGGCAAGCCCGUGCUUUCCAAGGCGAAUACCAUCAGCACCCCGAAGCGCAUGAUGACGGCCAACAUCAAUGAGCUCGCCAGGUUGACGAGGGGGUUCCCGACAAAGGUGGCCGGAGGCGUCGUGCCGGGACUGAACUUGGGAGAGUGUAUGUUUGUCUCAACAUCGCGGGGUGUGCUCGAGGCCCGAGAGGCACUGGCUCGGAAACAAGGCGGCGUGUUAAUGUGCCGGGUGUCAUGA